AGCAGACGAUAGGAUCACGCUCAAGAUGGCGGCGGGUUCAAAGCUGGUGUUGAAACCACAGUUCGUCUGAUAAAUUGGGAGAAAAAAGCUAUUUUAUGUUCCCAUAGACAAACGUUGAGUUGACAGACACUUCAUAGGGUUAGCUAUCUAUCUCAAGCAAGAGCUAGAAAACGAGAAUUUCGCAGGAACGUCAUGAAAGCUGCACAGUUGUCCGGCUACCCCGCCAGUUCCCCCACUCACGGGUCGGCAACUCUGGCCAACCUGGACAAACUCAUACAGAACCUUGAAUUUGAGAACAAACAGCAGGUAAAGCUGAUUGAAAAGGAAAAUGAAGAGAGAGAAGAGUUUGAGCGCCAGACAAAGGAAAAGAAAGAGGAAAUUUGCAGCAUGCAAAAAGGCAUCUCUCAAAUGGACGAAGACACCAAGAGGCUUCAUAGGCAGUUCAAAUACAACAGGGACAAUGUAGGAAGCCUGAAGAGAACUUGUCAGCUGCUGUAUGAGCAUGAAGAAGCCUUGAAGCACAAGUUGGAGGAUGUAACUAUUGCAGGAGACAAGCAAAGGACUGACUGUGCUAAGAUGUUAGAACACUUCCAGAACGUGUGGGCAAAACACCAAGAAGUGUAUGAAAACAUGCCAAAGGUGAAAACUCUGCGAGAGAGGCAAGCAGCCCUACACAAUCUCCAGGAUACCAUCAAACAAGCCAUUCAGAGGAUUGAGGUGCUCAACAGGACUAUCAGGAGCUUGGAAAACCCAGCUGAAGAAGAUAAACAGAUGCCAGUAUUCCUUAAUCUGCAAGCCUGCAUUAUCAAGCUAGCUGAGCUGAAGGUAGACACUGCAAAGAACGUUACCCGGAUAAAUGAGUGGAGGACCAACAUCAGGAAGCUGGAACGGGAAUUAGAGGAGGAGCAGGCUGAAAGAGACAGGAUCAUUAAGGAACGUGAGGCUGAGCAGCAGAGAUGCCGUGAGGAGGAGGUGGCCAGGAAGGAGAGAGAAAGAGAACAAGCUGCCCUCUUUGCUAGGGAGAGAGAGGCCCAACAGCACACAUCCGUGCACCAAGAAGCCACAUCUCAGUACUUCCCACCAAUCUUCAGCCAGAGCAACUUAGUUGCAGCUCCCAGCCUCCACCCAGGUGCUCCUCCAUCCUCUGCCCCUGCUCCUGAAGAUGGCACACCUCCGUUCACUGGUGGACUUGGAGCCAAAGGACCUCAAGCUUUCCCACUUUUACAGCCAGUACAAAGGAAGUCACCCCCUAAGAUCACAAUCCCCACCCUGAUGUGCCCCCAGCCCAGACCCACACCACAGCCCCGACAGGUGCCAAGCUUCAACUUCCAACACAAACAGCUGUCGUGUGGAAAGGUCCCGUAG